UGCCUCUCGCGCUCGCCCCGUCGCCGCCCGCGCCCGUCCCCGCGGCUCUACGGACCGGUCAUAGAUCACAGAAAGUCAGAAGACAAGCACAGAUUCUCUUACCAUGUCGUACAGACGAGAGUUAGAGAAAUACCGGGACCUGGAUGAAGAUGAAAUCCUCGGAGCCCUCACAGAGGAAGAGCUCAGGACCCUGGAAAAUGAGCUGGAUGAGCUGGACCCUGACAAUGCACUGCUGCCUGCAGGCCUGAGGCAGAAGGAUCAGACCACCAAGGCGCCCACAGGCCCCUUUAAAAGGGAGGAGCUCUUGGAUCACUUGGAAAAGCAAGCAAAGGAGUUUAAAGACCGAGAAGAUCUGGUCCCCUACACAGGGGAAAAGAGAGGAAAGAUCUGGGUCCCCAAGCAGAAGCCAAUGGAUCCUGUGCUGGAAAGUGUGACCCUGGAGCCAGAGCUGGAGGAGGCUUUGGCAAAUGCCUCAGAUGCAGAACUCUGUGACAUCGCAGCUAUCCUGGGCAUGCACACGCUCAUGAGCAACCAACAGUACUACCAGGCCUUGGGCAGCAGCUCCAUCGUGAACAAGGAGGGACUCAACAGCGUGAUCAAACCCACACAAUACAAACCUGUGCCUGAUGAAGAGCCAAAUUCAACAGAUGUAGAGGAAACCCUGGAGCGGAUAAAGAACAAUGACCCCAAACUUGAGGAGGUUAACCUCAACAACAUCCGGAACAUCCCCAUUCCCACUCUCAAGGCCUAUGCCGAAGCCCUGAAAGAGAACUCAUAUGUGAAGAAGUUCAGCAUCGUGGGAACACGGAGCAAUGACCCCGUGGCACAUGCCCUUGCGGAGAUGCUCAAGGUCAAUAAGGCAUUGAAGACGCUGAACGUGGAAUCCAACUUCAUUUCUGGAGCCGGGAUCCUGCGCCUGGUGGAAGCUCUUCCAUACAACACUUCUCUAGUGGAAUUGAAAAUCGAUAACCAGAGCCAGCCUCUGGGCAACAAAGUAGAAAUGGAGAUUGUGAGCAUGUUGGAAAAGAACGCAACGCUUCUCAAAUUUGGCUACCACUUUACCCAGCAGGGGCCCCGGCUGCGGGCCUCCAACGCCAUGAUGAACAAUAACGACCUUGUGAGGAAGAGGAGGCUCGCAGACUUGACCGGGCCCAUCAUUCCCAAGGUCCGAAGUGGCGUCUAGUGUGUGGCGGGGAGGACGGCGCCUUUGAACUGCACAUGUCCUACUGAUCAUCCGUGCUCUGCAGUGGAAACCAGAAGGCAAAAUGCCGGCACAGAACCCUUUCGGGGUUCAGUUCUUGAUGCACUAAGGUUUAGGUUAACUAAUGGUUGUAGUUGAAAAUUUUAUAAACUAUGGUUAAUGUGAAGUUUUUCUUUAGUCACAGAAGUUCAGUCUGGUUAUUAUUUAAAAACUAAGAAGACCCCAAACCGACAGAUCUUACUGA